UUUCUGUAACGCCAGGCCAGUGAACAUUUCCCAAAUCUCCAAACACUCUGAUUGCUUCAACCCAAAUCCGAUGGCUUCUUCUUCGUCUUCUCCUACUCAAGAAAAGUACGAUGUUUUUCUUAGUUUCAGAGGUGAAGACACUCGCAACGGUUUUACCAGCCACCUCAAUGCAGCUUUGUGCUGGAAAAAGAUUAUAACUUUCAUCGAUUAUGAACUUAGAAGAGGAGAUGAGAUUUCAUCCUCACUUUUGAAGGCAAUUGAAGGAUCAAAGAUUUCAAUUGUCAUUUUCUCUAAAGACUAUGCUUCUUCUCGAUGGUGCCUCGAAGAACUCGUGAAGAUCAUGGAUUGCAGGAAGAUGCAUGGUCAGAUUGUGAUUCCAGUUUUCUAUCAUGUAUAUCCAUCAGAUGUAAGGAAGCAAAGUGGGACUUAUGGAGAUGCAUUUGCUAACCACGAAGUACGAUACCGGCAGAAGGAAGAGAUGUUGCAGAGAUGGAGGAGUGCUUUGACGGACGCAGCCAAUCUAUCUGGCUAUCAUUCAAAUGUCCUUCGGUAUGAAUCAGAACUUGUAGAGAUGAUUAGUAAACAUACUUUGAAGAUAUUGAAUGAUAUGUCGUCUAUCGAUAAUAAGAAAUUGAUUGGAGCGGCAAUGAAGAUUCAAGAAAUUAAAUCUUUGUUGUCUGAUGGGCCUGAAGAAGUAUGCAAGGUAGGAAUUUGGGGUAUGGGCGGUAUAGGUAAGACAACCCUCGCUUAUGCAGUUUUCAAGGACAUCUCAAGUAAAUUUGAAGCUUCUUGUUUCAGUCGAAAUGUUAGGGAAGCAUCGGAAAGAGGUGAACUAAGUUCCUUGCGACAAGAACUUCUUUCUUCAUUAUUAGGGGAUAAAUGCCUCGAUAUAAGGCUCAAACUCACAAAAGAAAGGCUUCGACGUAAGAGGGUGCUUAUUGUUUUUGAUGAUGUGAUAGAUUUAAAACAAAUACAAGAAUUAAUUGGAGAUCUUGAAUACGUGGGUACUGGAAGUCGAAUCAUUAUAACCACAAGAGAUAAACAUGUGCUUAAAAAUUGUGGACUUGAUGGUGUCAACAUAUAUGAGGUCAAAGGAUUAGAUAGUGAUGAAUCUCUUCAACUUUUUAAACAACAUGCCUUCAAUCAAAACCAUCUUAUCAAUGAAGAUUAUAUGGAGCUAUCAUAUAGAGUAAUAAAUUAUACGAAAGGUGUGCCUUUAGCUCUUGUAGUCUUAGGUUGCUUUCUACUUGGUAGAGAAAAAUUAGAAUGGGAAAGUGCAUUGGAUGAAUUAGAAAACUCUCCCAAUGAGACUAUCCAAACCGUGCUUAAGAUCAGUUACGAUGGAUUAGGUCAUGCAGAGAAGGAGUUAUUUCUAGAUAUUGCUUGCUUCUUUGAAGGAUGGGAUAAAUAUCUAGUCGGUAUUUUAAGCUCACACAUUGGAAUAAGAGUUCUUGUUGAUAAGGCUCUUAUAACCAUUUCAUACAAAACCAUAAGAAUGCAUGAUUUGCUUCAAGAAAUGGGCAGAGAAAUUGUUCGACAAGAGUCCAUUUAUACACCUGGUCGACGUAGUCGAUUGUGGCAUCAUGAUGAUGUCUAUCGUGUACUUAACAAAAAAAUGGGAACUGAUACAAUACGAGGCCUAUGUUUUGAUAUGGCUAAUAUAAAAGAGAUACACUUAGAUCCUGAUUCUUUCUCAAAGAUGGAUAAUCUAAGAUUCUUGACAGUAGAUAAAUCAAAAUAUGAUGACAAUAACGUGUAUGGUUUUGAAGGCCUAGAAUUCGAUUUCGCAGAGUUAAGAUGCCUCUCUUGGAAAGAUUACCCAUGCACAUCAUUGCCAUUGAAAUUUAGUUCGGAGAACCUUGCUGUACUUAAGAUGCGUCGUAGCAAUCUUAAACAACUUUGGACUGGUGUCAAGGAUCUUGCUCAUUUAAAAUACAUUGACCUGAGUUUCUCAUAUCAUCUACUUAAAGUCCCAGACCUCUCAGCGGCUCGAAAUCUGGAGAGCAUAAUUUUAAAAGAUUGUGAAAGACUUGUCAGUCUUCCAAUUGGUAUUCAAUCAAAGUCCCUAAGAGAUGUAAUUCUAUCUGGCUGCUCUAAUCUCAACACAGCUCCAAGGAUCUCAUCUGCUAUAAAAGAAUUAUCUUCUUCCAUCGAAAGUCCUUCUAGACUAGUUGAAUUGAAUCUUAGGGACUGUUUAAGGCUUGAAAGUCUUCCCAGCAAUGUUUGUAAUUUGGAAUCUCUUCAACAACUUGAUCUUUCAGGUUUGUCAAAUCUAAAGUUUGUUUUAGGGAUCCCAUGCAAUAUAAAACAGUUAUAUUUAGAUGGAACUGCAAUAAAAGAAUUGUCUUCGUCAAUUGAGAAUGCAUCCAGUCUAGUAAGAUUGAGUCUUAGAGAUUGUUCAAACCUUGAGAGUCUUCCAGACGACAUUUGUAAAUUGAAGUCUUUAAGAUAUCUUUGCAUCUCUGGUUGUACGAAAGUUGUUAGAUUGCCUGAAGACAUAGGAAACUUAGAAAGUUUGGAAGAGCUAGAAGCUACUGGAAAUUCUGGGGACUGUUUAAGGCUUGAAAGUCUUCCAAGCAGCAUCCGUAAUUUGAAUCUUCGAGUGCUCAAUCUCUCUGGUUUGUCAUAUCUAAAGAUGGUUCCAGAGUUCCCAUUGAAGAUAGAAGAGUUAUAUUUAGAUGGAACUGCAAUAAAAGAAUUGUCUUCAUCAAUUGAGAAUGCAUCCAGUCUAGUAAGGUUGAGUCUUAGAGAUUGUUCAAACCUUGAGAGUCUUCCAGACGACAUUUGUAAAUUGAAGUCUCUGAAAUAUCUUUGUAUCUCCAAUUGUUCGAAACUUGAAAGAUUGCCUGAAAACAUAAAAAAUUUAGAAAGUUUGGAAGUGCUAGAAGCUAAUGGAGUAACUAUAAGAGAAUUACCUUGGCCAAUGGGACGUUUGGAACACCUUCAUGAUUAAUCUUUUGAGGGAUAUAAGAGUCGAGAGCUGGAGUGUUCUCUAUCGCCUAUUUUACCAGGUCUUCUAUUUCUCAGGAGAUCAAAUUUAAAUCACUGCAGUCUUACAAGGUUACCCAAUAAUCUUGGCAAGUUGUCCUUCCUCACAGAUUUAAAAUUAGACAGAAACAGUUUUGAAAGUGUACCAACAAGUAUCAUUAACCUUUCUGCUUUGUAUCGACUUAGCAUAAGGUUUUGUAAAAGGCUUCAAUCCUUAUCAGAGCUUCCAUGUAAUAUGCGAGAAGUAAAUGCAGAUUGUUGCAAAUUGCUGUAAGUAUUAUCUGGUUGGAAAAUUCCCUGUGAUGGUUACAAAGGAAAACUUAGCUUCGUCAAUUUCUUCAAUCUAGAUUGAAAUGCAGUUGGAAUGAUUUUUGAAUGAUGCUCUGUUGAAAAUGGAAGUUGAAAAGGAAUCUUUCAGUUUAUAUCAUAUUACUGAUUGGUUGGAAGUAUUUCAAGAGGGAAGAUUUAGCAGUCCAGGAUGUUGUAUUGUUUUCCCUGGAAGUGAAAUUCCAGAGUGGUUUGACAUUCAAAGUAUUAAUGGAUCUGGCAUAGAGCUACCACAUGGUUCGAUCAAUCAUAAGUUUUUUGGUUUUGUCGUUUGUGCCAUUGUCGGAAUCCAAGAUUCUGUUUCUUCUGCGUUCGAUUUAUUGAGUGUUGAGUAUCAGUUGCGUCUGAAAUUCCAAAAUGGUAGCAAGCCAGUUCAUAGUGACUGUUUUGCGGUUAGACAUAUCAAGUCAGAUCACCUAUUAGUGGGGUUUACUUUCAGUGCACCUAAAUUUCUUGAAUUCAUUUGCAAUACGGAGGCCAUCAUCAAUUUCUACUGUUUAAUAAAGAAGUGUGGGGUCCGUUUAUUGUUCACUCAAGAGUUUGGGGAAGCUAUGAAAAAAUCCACAGGUUCCAUCAUUGAUGAAGAGGAAGCACGCUCCAAGAGAUUGAUAUCUUCAAAUUUGUUUAAAGGAGAACCCAGCUCAAGGGAGAAUUUUGAGUUAGGGCUAAGUAAGGUGAUGAGUACUGAAAUGGAAGAGCAAGUUGAGAGUAGUAAGAACGUUAAUAGUGGUUAUAAGAAGGUAGUUGGUGUUGGUGUUGGUG